UCGAAAUUCGUCGCAGUCGGUAAAACUUAAAAUGUGAGGAGUCGCCAAAAGUGUCGGUUGGUGUUAAAAUGACGGAGAGAUGCGCACACUUCUCAUCGUUUUGCUGCUCUACAACGUCGAAGUCAUUGUUUGUUUUUCCAGGUACGGGCAGGGGUAUUUCGGAAGGGCUUCUAAUGGCGCGGAAAGUGACGAUUUGAACGUGCUUCGUAAAGGUGUCAGUGUUACAGGGCGCGUGUUCGUCACGAUGUUCGGCUACCCAUCGAAAUGUGAGAGCAAAGGCAAAUCUCAUUCUUGCACGUUGUCUUUUGCCUGUUGGCUCGUGGGUGGCUCGAGUCGAUCCGGAUGCGGCGCUAGUCCCUGGAUCGUAGCAUGCUGUGAUACGUCUUCCAAAAACAAUCACUUCCCCGGAAACGAACACCUAAUGGAAAACGAAAUAGAAUACAAGGCGGAAUUAAAGAAAAACAAAUUACAUUAUAAUAGUGCAGUUCCAGCAAUACAAAAAAGAAUAGAUGAUUUUAUUGAAGAAGAUGAUAUUAAUGAAGAAUGUGGCAUUUCCUCAGACAGAAUUUUUAGUAAAAGAAUAAUUGGUGGAAAAGAAGCAGCUUUUGGACAAUUUCCAUGGCAAGCUUAUAUUAAAUUGGGGACUUUUCAGUGUGGUGGGGUUUUAGUUUCUAGGAAAUAUGUAGCGACAGCCGCUCAUUGUAUUAUUACAUCAAGACUGAGUGAUAUUCUAGUUUAUUUAGGAGAGUUAGAUACCCAGGAUACUGGCAAAGUGAAGGAAUUAGCUCCGGCUGAAUUACACAGGGUAAAAAAGCGGAUAGUCCAUCCGAGCUUCAAAUACCGCCUGACACAGCCAGACAGAUACGAUCUGGCUUUGCUGGAACUCGUGACAGAGACCAACUAUUCCUUCCACAUUUCGCCCAUUUGUCUACCCGAGAAAGGUUUAACGUUAGUGGGACGCAAAGCACUGGUGGCUGGAUGGGGCAAAAUACAGCCGUCCAACGAACUGAUGGGUACUAAUAUCUUAAGAAGUGCAUCGGUUCCUAUUUUAGAUAUUAGAGAAUGCAUGCAAUGGCACAAAAUCAAGCAAAUCUUCGUUCAACUGCACGACGAGAUGCUGUGCGCAGGUCACGAGAACGGGCUGCACGACGCUUGCUUGGGGGACUCGGGAGGUCCCCUGAUCGUCCUUGAAAACGGCAGAUGGGUCCUGGCGGGCAUCACCAGUGCCGGGUUUGGUUGCGGCGAGCCGCAUCAACCGGGAAUCUAUCACAGAGUGCCAGUCACCGCUGGCUGGAUUAAGUCCGUUAUUAGAAUGAAUAAUAGAUAG